GCGGAAGCGCCUGAGAGAAAGAGCUGAAAGAAAGACCAGGCCUGAACGGUGCUUUUAAAGCGAUUAUUUGUUGGAUUUUACGAUAAAAAAAUUUAAAAAUCGACAUUUGUGCAUUAUUUCAUUAUAUUUAUUUUAUUUUUUGUUUUUUAAAGCAAUUUUCGUUGCUCGGUUUUCUGGCCAAUCGGAGUGCAGUGGGCGGGGCUUGUGGGAGACGGAUAGGGAAACAUUAACGUGUCGGUUGUGGCUGCGGUUUAUUCUGUCACUGAGUGGAGCAGAGGGGCUUGAACUCAUCACCGUGGGGUGAAGAUGUGGCUGUGAGUCUCUGUCUCUUUCUCUUAUGUGUGUGACGUCAAAACGUGAAUCCCCAGUGAACAGAAUUGCGUCCGUGAUUCGGAAAGAGGGCGAGGAAACUCUGAGGCUUAGUACGGAGAGGAGACGAGCACGGCUGAACAACAUCAGCAGGGCUGAUCUAACAGAGGCGAAAACCAAAACAGCUCGUGUUUGCAGUAAUCAUUUUAUCUCAGAGCGCUGAGGAUGCUGUGCUUGGCUAAUUUGUGAGCAGCAUGGACGAGGCUGCCAGCCAGCUGGAGAGAGACCAUGUUCACAGCGUGUAUGAGAGGAUUGCGCCGUUCUUUAAUGACAGUCGCUACAAGGCUUGGCCAAGAGUCAAGCAGUUCCUGUUGGAGCAGGAGCCAGGCAGCAUCGUCGCUGAUGUGGGAUGUGGCAACGGAAAGUACCUGCACAUCAACGAGAGCAUCUUUAAGAUGGGCUGUGAUGUGUGCCGUCCAUUGGUGGAUUCGGCCUGGAGUCAAGGUCACGAGGUUCAGCUGUGUGACGGCCUGCGGUUACCUUACAGAGACGGCUGCUUUGAUGCCAUGCUCUCCAUUGCAGUCAUCCACCACAUCUCGACCAAAGAGCGGCGCAUCCGGGCGCUAAAAGAAAUGGCACGCACGUUACGAGUUGGCGGUCGUGUCAUGAUCUAUGUGUGGGCCAUGGAGCAGAAAAGACGCAAGUUUGAGAAGCAGGACAUCUUCGUGCCCUGGAACCCCAACCCUCCUUUAUCCUCUGCCUCAAGAGGACAUCUCAGACCCAGGCAGCGUGGCAGUGGAUCCCAGAGCGUGAGCGAUACCCCAGAGUCCGACGACAUGCACAGGAACUCAAGAAGCACAUCGUCAAAGGCGGAUGAAGAAGAUCCCGGGAGCCCUGCACAGCAGAGGAAGCAGAAGCUCUGGUUUUUCUCCAGAUCUCUGGACUCCGUCCUGGAUUUAAGCAGCCUGACCGUGUCUCGCUCUUCCUCCAGAGAGCUCAGUGCUUUCUGCAGCCCCACUGACGAACCUGAGGCGAGAACUCCAGUAAGAAGCACAAGAGGACAAGCCUUGAUCAGACAAGUGUCCAGCUUUUUCACCAACCCGUCCUCCAGGAACAGCCUAGAAGAGGACGUGUUCGUCUCAGAGCCUCAUGAGCAGAUGCAGAAACCUGAGUGCAGUAACGGGAACGAGGAGGUUUCAGUCGCACUGGUGCAGGACUGUUCGUCAGUACCGUUACCGGAUUUGGUGCCUCGACAGGGUAGCGAGUGUCUCGGAGAGGACGAUGGAGGAGAUAUUGGACAGGAAAGCGCAGUGUCUCUGCAGCAGCAGGAGGAGUGGAGUAAAGACAAGCUGAACAAGUCGUGUCUGCGCUAUUACCACGUCUUCAGGGAGGGGGAACUGAUGCAGCUGAUCGAGGAACAUGUCAAGGAACUUCAUAUCUUGCAGACCUACUUGGAUCACGCCAACUGGUGUGUGGUGGCUGAGAAAGUCCAUGUGUGGAGGAUUUGAGUUUUAUUUAUUACAAUAUUUAUUUUUUAAAAGUGUUUUGUCUUAAUUAUUUUAAUGUUUUUUUUAAGAAGUUGAGUCAUUUUAAAUGCAGUGGUUAUAUCUGUAUCUGUAAGGAAUGCAUGGAGGUUCGGUUACCGUGGAUCAGGGCCCAGUUUCCCAAAAGCAUGCUCAAGUUAAGAUCAUCUGAUCAGAGAGAGAGUUUGAGUUAGUUCAGUGUGAUGAUCGCUCAACUAUUUAUCAAUGAUCUUGGUGCUGUGAUGCUUUUGGGAGCUCAACAUUUUUUCUUGUUGGCUUUGUCUGGUCGAAAUGAAAUAUUUUUUGUUUGCUUUAAUUUACAUUUUAUGUAUAGCCUUGAUUUUUUUCCACUAACCAAGGCAGUUUAACAGGUUAAAAGUUUACUAAUAUCCCUUAUGGCACUGACUUUCAUGGCAAAUACAAUACUGUUAGCUGUCUUAAGCAAUUCCUGCCUGAAACAGACAUCAUUGCACAUCAUUGUACUGAACCAAACAAUGUGAGCACAUAACUAGAAUUGAAAUAGUGAAUGCUCCCUUCUCAGGAGUUUGUUCUUUUUUUUUUUUUCCCCUCUCGUGCAAUAGUGGCGUAUUGUGUUUUAUGUUGAAUUGUUUACCCAGGAUGAACCGUCAUAUUGCUGCUUGUUGGAUCUCAGUAGGUUUCACAAAAAAAAAAAACCCACCUUCCUCGAAACUUUUAAAGGAUUCCAUUUUAACAUUAGCUGCUGGUGUUGAUGAAUAUUUUUAUAUUUUAAUGCUGAUGUAUUGUGUGUCUACUUAUUGUGCUGUGCCACGGGUUUUACAUUGAUUUUUUUUUCUUUCCCUUUGUAC